ACAUUCGUGCGGUCAGUUCAGUAUCGUGGUCUAUCACCAAGUUGCCGUUACUAGAUUAUUUACUACUUUGCAAUUGUUUUAAACAAUUUUGAUCCUGCAAUUUGUUAAAAGUAUCUUAAUGGUUAGCGAUUAGCGAUAUACAUUCCUAAAUUUCAUGUUUCACGUUUUCCGGGCCACUUCAAAAAUCACAAAUAAUAUUAAACUUGCAACCUAGCAACAUGAGUGAGAGUAUAAGAGAUUUGGACGAUAAUAUAACGCAGAAUUAUGAAAUAAAAAAGCGCGUUGGAAAAGGGGCCUAUGGAAUUGUGUGGAAAGCUGUAGAUAGGAGAUCUCACAGGACAGUGGCAAUCAAGAAAAUAUUUGACGCAUUUCGUAAUCAGACAGACGCUCAACGAACUUACAGAGAAAUUGUGUUUCUCAGAGAACUAAUGUGGCAUCCCAACAUUGUCAGAUUGCAUGGUGUCUUGAAAGCAGCCAAUGACAAGGAUAUAUAUUUAGUAUUUGAGUACAUGGAAACUGAUCUUCACAACGUAAUCAAACAUGGUAACAUACUCAGGGAAAUUCACAAACAGUCCAUAACUUAUCAACUAUUGAAAGCAAUCAAAUAUAUACACUCUGGAAAUAUCAUUCACAGAGAUCUGAAGCCUUGCAAUAUCCUGAUCAACAGUCAAUGCCAUUGCAAGGUGGCGGAUUUCGGACUGGCUCGCUCCCUACAGCUGACUGAUUGUGACACAACGGGCCAUAGUCCACCCCUAGAUCCAGCUAUGACUGAUUAUGUGGCCACCAGAUGGUACAGAGCUCCUGAGAUAUUGGUCGCAUCCAAGAAGUACACAAAAGGAAUUGACAUGUGGAGUAUUGGUUGCAUCCUCGCAGAAAUGGUAUUAGGGAAGCCUCUAUUUCCAGGAAGCUCCACUGUGAAUCAGGUGGAAAAGAUUAUGUCUACCAUACCUCAACCCUCCAGUUCAGAUAUAGCAAACGUUUGCCCGGGGUACGGUAGUUCAUUGCUGCAGCGUACUCCACCAGGGCCCUGCGUUCCCCUAGCAAUGCUACUUCGCUCAGCCACCGAAGACUGUAUCGACCUCGUUUGCCGUCUGCUUGUCUUCAAUCCUCAUAAACGUCUCAAUGCUAUUCAAGCGCUCAAACAUCCCUAUGUUUCAAAGUUCCACGAUUCAAGCCAAGAGUUCGCCAUGAACCGGUCAGUGGUACCAACUUUGAGUGAUAAUGUUCAGCUUUCGAUAGAGCAAUAUAGAGACAAGCUUUACGAAUUACUGGACACUCAUAAUAAGGAAAAAUCGUUGAGUAGCACCAAUGAUCUAAGCAGCAUCUAUGACUGGUACAGGUCACUAGCCCAUUCCAAAAAUGCUGUUAAAAGUUUGGGGAAGAAAUCAACUGGGUCCAAACCUCAGGAAGAAAUGCCCAAACAUCCUACUCAUCACUCACGACUCAAGUCACAAUCCACCUCCACAAUGCCAAUUUAUCAUCAGGAUUAUCUCAAAGAUGGCGGUGAAUUUGUGCAUCAUCGACGUGGCAGUGAAAGCAGCUCCAAGUCAAUCACAUCAACAGGACACAGUCAAGCCGGGUCCAAAUCAUUGCCCACCAAUCAGAGCCGUCAGAGGAAAAUCAGCGACUUCAACAGAAAAAUGCCAAUCGUCUCAGCCGAUUUGAAAUCGAUCAGCACUUCGUCAGCUGAUGUGAAGGCUGUGCUAUCGUCGAUCAAUGGAAAGACAAACCAACGCAUCAGAAAUGAACCAAUCAGAGAGACCAAUGUCAAACAUAUCGGAGUUGCCGAACAACUAUCUGUCAAGCUGGUGACAGUGAGUCAGGCAACAUCCCAGAAACCAGCAACCAGAAAUCUACAGCAAGUGAACAACCUUUUCCGGAGAAGCUCAGGCAGUGACAACGACGUAGAUCGUCAACAUCUCAACCACAGGAACCAUACACUCAUCCGAUCCAAGACACUCAGUCACGACGCCUCCAAAGUCGACAUCAAUCGGAACAAACAUCUGGACAGGAUGACCAUUUCCAAUGCCCGAAUUUCAAAACUGACCACCAGUGAUGAGAGUCCCCUUAAGAAAAGAACAGUGAUAGAACGACAAGCCUCACUCGGGUCACUAACUCUCGCACCAGCCUACAAGCCAAAAUGUGGCUACAUCACUCAAUCACAACUGAAUGAGAUCAGUAGCCAAGUGGUGAGAUGAUCCAUAGGCGAACAAUACCUCAUAAUAUCAAUACAUUCAACGAUGUAUAGUAUCACAUUUUUUAUACUAGUCAGUUACUAUAAUGAAUGUUCCGGUUUUUAAUAUGAAUUUAUUCAUCAAAACUGAGGGUUUAACAUUGAAAAAGCAUACUAAUUAACUAAUCACAAAAGAUUUAAGUUGAUACGGUAAUGCAUUAUAGAUGUUCAAUAUAUUAUUAUACCAAUCAUUUCAAAUAGUAAUAUUUAAUAAAAUCGUUAUAAAAAAUGAUUUUCAUAGUAUGAAAACUUUGAGGAAGGUAUUGUUAUGUCAUUGAUGAUUGAUUUAUCAGGGAUAUGUGCUUGAUAGCAACAAGCUGUAUACCAUAAAUAAUUCAAAUUACUCACAAAACCCACACUUCGAGGACUGGUUUCCGAGCUUUGGAUCUAUAAGUUCUGGACUUGAUAAUCAAGCGAAAACAAAACUUUACACACACAUUAUGCAGCCUACCACAAUUCCACAAUCUUAACUACAUUAAUGGUAUUAAAUGAAUAAUCUUAUUGAACUUUUUAUGUAACGAUAUUAUUGAAUAACUAAUAUGAAAUUUUCAAGCAGAGUUAUAGCAAUACAUUACAAUUUGUAAUGUAGCCUAUUCAUUACUUUCUGCUGAGGAUGUCCACACUUUUUAAAUAUAUGUGGGAACAAAUGAACAACUGUUCUCUUUAAAGUAUGAUUACGAUGUAUAGUUGAAAAUACCAUCCACUUUUCAUUGAUUGGAAGGAGUAUUGAACUCACAAGAACCACUCUACUUCCUCAGCAAUGAUUAAACAAUCAAAAGUGAAACUUGCAUUGACUAGAAAAGUUUACUAGUCUUAUGUCUACGGUUAAAAUAAUGAGAGUAAUGUGUAUUUGAAGAUACUACCAAUAAGUUAAUUUUAAAGACUCUGGUUUUGUGCACAGUCCAAUAUAUAUUAGCUCAAGCAAUAUUAUACAAUUUUUACUAGUUUUAGCAAUAAAAAGGUGAAAGUUUAUAAUAAUUAGAGCAAUUUCUCAUCAAUCACAUAUUUAUAAAUUUGUAAUCACUGGAUUGUAAUAAAUAAUUUUCCAUUCAGUUGAA